AUGGCCGAUUCGUUAUAUAGCGAAUCUACCGGUGACAACGCUGAAAUAAAUUAUCUGGCAUUGUUAGAAGGCCGUUACACAUUACCUGAUCUGUUGGACCCAGCUACGGCUUCUUUCUUAUCUCACUGCCGGUUUCACAAAGGGCACUCUCCAGUCCACUUGCAAGUCUCCAAGGACGAUCAUGUGUACUUCUGGUCGCGGAACCCUGAGAAUAAAGGAUCCAAACCUCAUGGACUACAUAAUGGACACUUUAAGGCGGCUAUCCAGUCUCCAUCUAUAGCGUACUGUGAUGCCCUCUUCCGGAACAUUCCUCUCACCACAGGGUUUGUUCCUCUUCAAUGGCAAAACCUGAUGAACUUUGCCAUUGAAAAGAAGCCAGGAGACUUCCGCCUAUCUAAAAUGCGCACCAUCCAGCUGAUGAAUUCCGAGGCCCAGGCAAACAAUAAGAAGGCAGGCCGUGCAGCCAUGCAAUUUGCCAAAGCGCACUCCUUGAUACCCGACGGGCAAUGCGGCUCACGCAAACGUCAUCAAGCAAUUGACCUGGCCUUGUCUAAACGAUUAGUGUGGGAUCUACUGAUCCUUCAACGCCGCGCAGCGGGGUGGAUCUCGAAUGAUGCCAAGUCCUGCUUUGACCGUGUGGUCCACUGGGUGGCCAUCCAUGUUCGCACAGGUUUUGGUGACUCCAAGAGAAGCUUUUGCCCUCCGUCAACGGUGCCAUUCCAAGGUUGUGGGCAAGGGAAUGGUGCCGGACCCCCCAUUUGGAUUUCGGUGAGCUCGGUGUUAAUUACAAUGAUGGAAGCAAUGAGCUACGGAUUUGAGUGUCUUUUGGCGUUAGAGUCACAACUAGUGACAGCCCAAUGUUUCUGUUUUGCUGACAAUACGGACGUGAUUGAAGCAGGUGACACAGUCCAUCACUCUGGGGAGGAUAUUUGCGCCUCAGUCCAGGCUGCUACCACCUUGUGGUCAAGGGGAUUUCGGGCAACAGGUGGUGCAAUCAAUCCGGAGAAGUCCUUCUGGUGGCUUAUUGACUUUGAAUGGCAUGCUCGCAAUGAUGAUUCUGAACAUACUCUGGGGGUGAUGUUGUUGCCACUGGAAAAUCACAACGCACAGGAGGCACAGUUGGUCUCUAAAGCUAAAGAGUGGGCCAAACAGCUUUGGCCUCACCUGCUACACAAGUACGACGUGUUACCCUUAAUCCGGACCACGAUCAUGAAGAAGCUUGAAUAUCCUAUGGCACUCACUACCCUCAACGCUCAACAAUGGCAGGACAAUAUGUCACCGGUUCUCCAGGUGUGCUUACCUAAGUCAGGUAUUUGCCGCAACUUUCCCCGUUUGGUGGUCUUUGCCCCGGUGGAUUAUCAAGGCCUUGGUGUUCCUCACCCCUUUGGCAAGCAAGUGUACAAACACUUGGAGAUGAUCCUGCGCCAUAUGCCGGGGGGUACAAAGACUGGAGCCUACCUGGACGCCAAUGACCUGGGAACUGCUGCUGUUCAGCUCCUGCCCAAAGGGGGAACUGCUCGCAUUGUCAUCCAUUGUCAAACUCCAGGUCUACCUCAGGAUCAGAGUGUCUAUUGUAGCGAGUUGAUUGGCCUUCUGGCUGGGAUUAUGGCGGUUGACUGGCUCCUCCAACAAUGGUUCCCAGCCCUUAGCCAGCGGCCGGGUGUCAAGAUCGCCUGUGAUGGCCUUUUGGCCAUUGAAAUGGCCUUUGAAGAUCGACCCCUUUCACCCACUGAUGCACAAUUUGACCUGAUCUCUUCCAUCCGGGAAGCUAUCUCUCGGUCUCUGGUGUCUUGGUCUCCACGGCAUGUCUACGGACAUCUGGACAAGUCCAACUUAUUUGAUGAACUCACUUGGUGGGAAAAGAAAAACCAGGAGGUAGAUGGCAUGGCAGUGGAUUUCCGCAAGGAACUAGAGGCCGCCCACCAACUUAUCCCCUCCAAUCCUCGGUUCUUCACGGAACUGGCAGCUCUUUUUGUGGCUGACACAAAGCAGUCUUGGCUGAGUGACCACUUCAUUCAGGAGUUUGUGACACUCCCCCGGCUGCGGCAACACUGGAGGAAUCGUAAUGUGAUCUCUGAGGAGUCUGAAAACCUUAUUGACUGGGAGACACUGGGCCGUGCUAUGAGGUCACUACCUGCCGGACUCCAGCGCUGGAUAACAAAACAUUGGGUGGGCAUGUGCGGCACAGGGAAGUUCAAAGUGUAUUGGGGCCUCGAAUCGUCCGCUGUGUGCCCUCGGUGCGGUGAGUUUGAAGAUCACUUGCCCAGCAGCCUCGGCUAG